GCGCCAUUGGCCGACUUACGUCACUUCCUGUCGGACUGGCGGAAGUUGCUUCCCGGCACGUUGCAAUUUGGAGGAGUGAGUUCCGGCGGUGAAGGCGGUGGUUGUAUUUUCUCGGUACUGGAGAGUAGCUAUGGCGGCGCUGGAUUCAGAUGUCGAAUCACUGCCGCGUGGGGGUUUCCGCUGCUGCCUCUGUCACGUUACGACAGCCAACCGACCCAGUCUGGAUGCCCAUUUAGGAGGACGAAAGCACCGGCACCUGGUAGAACUACGAGCUGCAAGAAAGGCCCAGGGACUUCGAAGUGUGUUUGUUAGUGGCUUUCCUAGGGAUGUAGAUUCUGCUCAGCUCUCUGAGUAUUUCCAGGCAUUUGGACCUGUGGCCAGUGUUGUCAUGGACAAGGACAAGGGAGUGUUUGCCAUUGUGGAGAUGGGGGACAUGGGUGCUCGGGAGGCCAUCUUAUCACAGUCCCAGCACCGUCUGGGAGGACAUCGUCUGCGUGUCCGGCCAAGGGAGCAGAAGGAGUUCCAGAGCCCGGCCUCCAAAUCCCCCAAAGGAGUGGCCCCUGACAGUCAGCAGCUGGCCAAAGCACUAGCAGAGGCCCCAGAUGUUGGGGCACAAAUGGUAAAACUUGUGGGGCUGAGGGAGCUGUCUGAGGCUGAGCGGCAGCUUCGGAGCCUCGUGGUAGCCCUGAUGCAGGAGGUCUUCACAGAGUUCUUCCCUGGCUGUGUGGUCCAUCCUUUUGGCUCUUCCAUAAAUAGUUUUGAUGUCCAUGGCUGUGAUCUUGACCUGUUCUUGGAUCUGGGUGACUUGGAAGAGCUCCAGCCAACCCCAAAGCCUCCAGAAUCUCCAUCCUUGGACUCGGCCCUUGCUUCCCCACUGGAUCCUCAAGCCCUGGCCUGUACCCCAGCCUCUCCUCCAGACUCACAGCUUCCAGCUUCUCCUCAAGACUCUGAAGCCCUGGACUUUGAAACCCCUUCCUCUUCUCUGGCACCCCAGACUCCGGAUUCUGCUUUGGCCUCUGAGACCGUCGCCUCUCCCUUGUCCCUGCCUCCAGCCUCACCACUCCAGGAGGACAGAGGAGAAGGAGACCUGGGAAAGGCAUUGGAACUAGCAGAGGCUCCAAAGGGGGAGAAGACAGAUGGGGGAGCAAUGCUGGAGCUAGUGGGAUCCAUUCUCCGGGGCUGUGUCCCUGGGGUGUACCGAGUCCAAACUGUACCCUCUGCCCGGUGCCCUGUGGUCAAGUUCUGUCAUCGACCUUCAGGUCUCCAUGGUGACGUCUCCCUCAGUAACCGGCUGGCCCUGCAUAAUUCUCGUUUCCUGAGUCUCUGCUCUGAGCUGGAUGAACGAGUCCGGCCCCUCGUGUACACCCUCCGCUGCUGGGCUCAGGGUCGGGGUCUGUCAGGGAGUGGCCCCCUUCUCAAUAACUACGCCCUGACCUUGCUCGUGAUCUAUUUCCUUCAGACCAGGAACCCUCCUGUGUUGCCCACUGUGUCCCAGCUCACCCAGAAAGCAGGUGAUGGGGAACAGGUGGAAGUUGAUGGCUGGGACUGUAGUUUCCCCAGGAAUGCCUCGGGACUGGAGCCCAGCACCAAUGUGGAGCCCCUCAGUUCCUUGCUGGCCCAGUUCUUCUCCUGUGUCUCCUGCUGGGAUCUUCGUGGUUCACUCCUGUCCCUGCGGGAGGGUCAGGCACUGCCUGUGGCAGCGGUCCUGUCCUCUAAUUCCUGGGAGGGUCUGCGCCUUGGCCCUAUGAAUCUCCAGGACCCCUUUGACUUGAGUCACAAUGUUGCAGCCAAUGUCACCAGCCGGAUAGCUGGGAGGCUACAGAACUGCUGCCAAGCGGCAGCCAAUUACUGCCGAAGCCUCCAGUACCAGCGCCGUUCCUCCCGGGGUCGGGACUGGGGGUUGCUCCCCCUUCUGCAGCCCAGCACCCCAAGCUCCCUGCUGUCUGUCACCCCGAUACCCUUACCCCCUGCUCCCUUUCUCCAGCUCACUGCUGCCCUGGUCCAGGUGUUCAGAGAAGCACUGGGGUGCCACAUAGAACAGGGAACCAAAAGAACAUGGUCAGAAGGAGAUGGAACUGAGGAGUCUCCCCAGGGAGGAAGAAGCAAAAGAUUGAAACUGGAUGGACAGAAAGAGAGCUGUGAGGAGGGGAAAGAGAAGCAGCAAAGACUUGCAGGAGACCAUAGUGAAGAUGGGGUGGAAGAAAUGGUUAUAGAGGUUGGAGAGAUGGUGCAAGACUGGGCUAUGCAGAGCCCUGGGCAGUCGGGGGAGCCACCCCUGAUGACCAGAAAGUAUCUAGCUGCUGAACUGGCAGAGCAGGGCCCCAAGGGACUUGAGGCAGCCCAAGGAGGGUCUAAGGGUAAGACAGUGAAGGAGGCAUCACUCUCUUCAGUGAGCUGGCGCUGCUCCUUAUGGCACCAAGUGUGGCUUGGACGGCGGCGUGCCCGGAGACGCUUGCAGCAGCGAACCAAGGAAAGCGGGGCUGGCACAGGAGCAGAGUGGCUAGCAACUGAGGCUCGGGUAACCCAGGAGCUUAGAGGACUGAAUAGUGAACAGAGGCCAGAGACUGAGCCCCUCCUGACCUUUGUGGUGUCUGCUUCCCAGGCUGACCAGACACUCACUGUGACCCCACUCCAGGAUACCCAAGGCCUGUUUCCUGAUCUACAUCAUUUCUUACAGGUUUUUCUCCCUCAAGCAUUUCGAAAUCUCCUCAAGUGAAGUCAUGGACCCUAAAGGGCAAUAAAGCUGCUAUUUUAAUAUAAA